UAUUGAAACGGUAAAUCACUUCGAAUGAAAUCUACAGUGUCAGACGCAGUCACAAAAAAAACAUGGCGAUCGUGGUUGUGGUUGCUAUGGGAACUUCAAAGUAUACAGCACACUCUUUCCAUUACAGCGGAUUUCAUGAAACCCUUUAUAUGUCAUGUAAGGACCAUAACAUGUGACAACAGUAAAUUCUGGCGGUUUUGAUAACUUGAUCGUUAUUUCAGUUUUUUUUUCUUGAUCAUAAAAUGCGGAGAAGGGCUGUGGUUCGAAAAGGGUGCAUUGUCUUGGCCGCUGGCCCGUGGUUAACGCUGUGAACUCAUGGAGAUUUUCUCGGACGUGACGAUAUCGCCAAAUACACAUGGGUAAAGGCGACCACUGCGCCGUGUUUGGAUGUCGAAAUGAUCGGAGGUAUCCAGAAAGGUGGGUUGUGAAACCCCAUAUACAUUGUAUGAAGUGGCAUAAGCCGAAUCAAAAGCACUUUAAAGUAUGGGAGCGAAUUAUCAACCGCAAAAGCUUUCAGGUGACAGAAAACACAAAGGUAUGCAGUAAUCAUUUUGUAUUUGGCAAACCCUUGGGUGACCAUUUGCACCCCGAGCUGUGGCUGAACGGAUACGAUACAGAGGAAACUCAUAGUGAAGAAGUUUCAAGAAUUCUGGAGUCCUUGACUAACGUUGAUGUGCAGAGUGAUAUGUUCAUAAACCCUCACACUAUUAAAAGAGACACAACACAUACCCAGACAAGCAGUGGGAAAUUUAAAAUGCUCGAUGUUCUUCCUAAAGACAAUGCAGGAGUUCUACAGGCUGUACCUGAACAAAGUGCUGAAGUUUCAAGUGAAGACAAUACAAAGGAAACAAGUGAGUUGCUGACAUCAGUUUCAAAUGCCUUGGAAAAUGAUCACACAUACUGUAUGUACGAGCAAAGUGGAGAUUGUAAGGAAGACUUUGCUUGUCAAUCUAGAUUAUGCUUGAAGUGUAAAAAGGAACUUUUGUCUAUUCUUGAGGAAAAUGAAAGGCUUAAAAAUGAAAACAAACAGCUACAAAAAGCUCUUGCUGAAGCAAAUCAAGUCAUUGUUGAAAGAACCAAGAGAGACUAUGUGUUCUGUGUACAAAACAAAACAUUCUGAUUCAGCCCUUAUGAAUUCAAGCACUGGACUAGCUAACUUUGGUAAUAAAUCAAAUGAAUUUAAAGCUCAAUAGUACUAAAAUCACUUACUGAUUUACUUUCAGUGUAACUAUGCAGUUAGGCUAGGCAUGAACAGAAGGCAUCAGCUGUAGUUGCAUUUUCUUUGUAAGAAAUUAACUAUGAUGUGUUGGGGUAGCAGAAACUGAUAUCUCAUGAACAAACUGAGGGUAGUUGCAUUCAUCAGUUUGUAAAAAAAAAAAAGAUAGAAAAAGGUGUCUUGAAGGUGUUAGAUAGUAGAAAAUUGUUUAAUAAAAUUGAAUGACAAUCUGAUGUUGGAUUUCAGAGCAAAUAAAUAUUUGAUCCAUGGGAACUAGGGAACUAUCAAA